UCUCGCCAGUGACGUUUAAGGAAGUAUGACGAGUGUCAUGUUAUACUCUGGUAGACGGAGGUUCUCACGGUGUCGGUCAGACACAGACUGACAGAUAUGGAGAGUCCCGAGUUAAGUUUUACUUUGGUCUACAUUGUCUUCUGUCUCUGCUUCGUGUUCACGCCCAACGAGUUCCGUUCUGCCGGUCUGACCAUCCAGAACCUGUUCUCGUCCUGGCUGGGCAGCGAGGAUGUGGCCUUCAUCCAGUACCACGUCCGCAGGACCAGCGUCACCGUGCUGGUCCACUCUGCUCUGCCGUUAGGUUACUACCUGGGCAUGUGUGUUGCUGUUCCAGAGAAAAACCUAGGAUACAUCCACCAGGUCAGUGACAGUUGGAGAGCCUUCCUCCUCCUCUCCAUCUGCCUCCAGUUGGCCAGCUGGACACUCGUCAUCUACUGGUCCCGCCAUCAUUGGCACAACCACCCAAUCAGCCGCAGCCUGCAGGCCCACGUACGGCCUCCUCACUCCAGCUGGGGCGCUGUGGCAGCGAGUAUCAACACAGAGUUCCGACGCAUCGAUAAGUUUGCGACUGGAGCGCCAGGGGCCCGUGUUAUUGUAACUGACAGCUGGGUGUUAAAGUCUACCACCUAUCACAUGCACAUGGCCUUACAGGAUGACUGUCAUGUGACAGUGACAGAGUCCAGGCAGCACCACAUGAGUCCAGACACGGCAUCCCCUGCUCAGAUUUUGACCAUGAGAGUGGCCAGCAUCAACCCUGCCAUCAGACCCUUUGACAUUAGGCUAAAUUCUACAGAGUACGCAGAUCUCAGGGAGAAACUCCAUGCUCCCAUCAGGAACUCUGCUAAUGUAGUGAUCCACCAAACCAUCAGUGAACUGUUCCUGGAAACAUUCAGAGCACAUGUGGACCUCAAUCAGCCGUACACACUCCCCACUCAACAGGAGAUCGAGCCAUGUAUCGGCUGUAUGCAGGUUCCAGCAAACACAAAGCUGGUCAGACUCUGCCACACAGAAGAAGCUUUUAACGUGUCCGACUGCCAGGAGUGUUUCUGCAGACCCAUGUGGUGUCUCUCCUGUCUGGGCCGAUGGUUCGCCAGCCGCCAAGACCAGCAGAGGCCGGAGACGUGGUUGUCCAGCACUGUCCCCUGUCCCACCUGUAGGGCCAAAUUCUGUAUACUGGAUGUCUGUGUGGUUCGCUGACAAAGACACACCUGCAGAUCCAAACUGCUCUAUAUUUUGACUUCAUUCUCUUUGUAUGAACUCUUAAAUAUUUCCAGUCACACUUAACCUGUGAAAUUGUCCACCUGUCAGUUAAAGAAGUGGCUGAAAAUGCAGGGAAAUGAAGUGAAAAUCUGCAGAUAAAGUGGUGCUUUGUAAGAAAACACAGGCAGUUUAGUUCUGGAUUAAAUGCGGCAUGGUCAGAGGAAGCAAACGGACUCAACGCCAACUUUACUCUUGUGAAGGAAGUCUGAUGUGCUGCAUCUACGUGUAAAGAAGCAGCAGCUUUUGAUGAUGAUGAUGAUGAUGAUGCAUAUUAAAUAUAUGUGGUGAAUGGUAAAUGGACUGCAUUUAUGGAAAACUCUGAACUGCAGCUCACAUUCACAUAUUCAGACUAAAUAAAACACUGAUGGUCAUGAA